AUGAGCCACAUUGAGCAGGAGGAAAGAAAGAGGUUUUUCAACGAUGAGCUUGACAUUUCGGAAACGUCUUUAAACUUCAAAUCUGAGAACAAAGAGUCAUUUCUCUUUUCAAAUAGCAAUAAUGAUGGUGAUGCCGUAUCGGUGAGUGAGACUCCAGAAGAAGAGGGGCAUGAAUCUGUUUUGCAGCUUGCGGAAGAGAUCGGGGAAGGUGACCAAGACCAGUUUAUUGAAGAGCUUCGGAGGAUUAUUCCGGAAAUACCAAUGAGUCUUGCGGUGGAACUUAACAAAAAGUUUGGUAGCCAAGAAGAAGGGCUGUCUUUAGCACUAUCUCACUACUUCGACCACUAUAACGGUAAGUCCAGCAGUAAUAUACCGUCUUCUCCAAACCAAGUAAACACACUCUCUGAUACCUCAAGUUCAAUCUUGUCUCCAUCUCCCUCUCUUGUUAGAAAAAGAAAAGAUUAUGGUUUCAGGAAUCAAACCCGACUAGAAGACACAUUUGCUUGGAAAAGGUUUAUAGGUGCCAUGCAAGUCACUGGCAUGGCUACAAGACCUACUGUGAGACCCUUAAAGUACGGCUCUCAGUUGAAAUUGAAAAGAUCAAGCGAAGAGAUCUCUGCAACUAAAGUUUACGACUCACGGGGUAGGAAGAAAGCCUCCAUGGCUAGUCUAGUAAGGAUACAUGAUGUUCAAUACAACAGAGAAAUAGGUCGAGUUCCGGAAGACAUUGCUCAAAUAUUAUAUCCUCUUUUAAGUUCUAAUGAAAUUAGUUUCGAAGUUACUUUAAUAUUUUGUGAUAAUAAACGUCUGAGUAUAGGUGAUAGUUUUAUCCUACAACUAGAUUGCUUUUUGACGUCUGCCAAUUUUGGAGGGUCAUAUAGCGAUGACCAAUCCUUCAUGAAGAGAAGGCGUACAGAAAGAGAAAACAAAAGAGAAAAAGACAGUGUGAAUUUCGGUAGACCAUUAACUGAAACUGACGAAGAGUUGGAAAGCCGUUCGAAGAGAUUGGCUCUGUUGAAGUUAUUUGAUAAACUGAAACUGAAACCUAUUUUGGAUGAACAGAAGGCAUUGGAAAAGCAUAAAAUAGAACUAAGUAGUGACCCAGAAAUCAUCAAUAUAGAUGACGAUGAUAUUUGUCCGGACCAAGUAACUGAGGUCAUUCACGACUUUCGGGACACCCAACACGAAGAAGAAACAAUGAACUUGAAUCAAUUGAAAACUUUUUAUAAAGCUGCACAAUCCUCAGACUCUUUGAAAAACUUACCUGAAACAGAACCUUCUCGCGAUGUUUUCAAAUUAGAGUUGAGGAACUAUCAAAAGCAAGGCCUUACUUGGAUGUUAAGAAGGGAACAAGAAUUUGCCAAAACUGCGUCGGAUGAUGAGAAUUUAGAAACAGAUGUUAAUAUGAUAAAUCCCUUGUGGAAACAGUUCAAGUGGCCGAGCGAUAUGUCAUGGGCAGCUCAAAAGAUACAACAAGAUCAUGUGAAUCCUGAAGAUGAUGUAUUUUUCUAUGCUAACUUGCAUUCUGGAGAAUUUUCACUGGAAAAACCUAUAUUGAAAACGAUGGUAAGGGGUGGCAUAUUAUCAGAUGAAAUGGGAUUGGGUAAAACUGUUGCAGCAUAUUCCUUAAUUUUAUCCUGUCCUAGCGAUAGCGGUGCUGCUGACAAGAACCUAUUUGAUGUGAAGGACACAGAAGUCCCUGGUAACGUUUCUAGUUCUUUCAUAUCAUCUUCACUAGGUAAUAAAAAACCGUAUGCUUCGAAGACGACCCUAGUUGUAGUCCCGAUGUCAUUAUUAACACAAUGGAGUAACGAGUUUACAAAAGCAAACAAUUCGUCGGAUAUGAAUCAUGAGGUAUACUACGGUGGGAACGUUUCCAGCUUGAAAACUUUACUGACUAAGACAAAAAAUCCACCGGCUGUGGUCCUUACCACAUACGGUAUCGUCCAGAAUGAAUGGACCAAGCAUACUAAGGGAAGGAUGACAGAUGAGGACGUAUCUGUAUCAUCUGGGUUGUUUUCCGUCGAUUUUUAUCGAAUAAUAAUCGAUGAAGGCCAUAACAUUAGAAACAGAACGACAGUCACAUCUAAAGCGGUCAUGGACUUACAAGGAAAAUGUAAAUGGGUGUUAACAGGUACCCCAAUAAUUAACAGACUUGAUGAUCUGUAUAGUCUUGUUAAGUUCCUAAAAUUGGAUCCCUGGAGCCAGAUCAAUUACUGGAAAACUUUUGUGUCAACACCUUUUGAAAACAAAAACUAUAAGCAAGCAUUUGAUGUGGUGAAUGCAAUCUUAGAGCCUGUGCUGUUAAGGAGGACAAAACAAAUGAAGGAUAAGGACGGCAUGCCAUUAGUGGAGUUACCACCAAAGGAAGUCGUUAUUAAGAAACUACCGUUCAGCAAAUCUCAAAAUGUUCUAUACAAGUUCCUGUUGGAUAAAGCUGAGGUGUCCGUUAAAUCGGGUAUUGCACGAGGUGAUUUGUUAAAGAAGUACUCUACAAUUCUUGUUCAUAUUUUGAGAUUAAGACAAGUCUGUUGUCAUCCAGGCCUUAUUGGAACCCAGGAUGAAAAUGAUGAGGAUUUGUCCAAGAGUAAUAAGCUGGUUACAGAGCAAACAGUGGAACUUGACUCCUUAAUUCGUGUAGCUUCCGAAAGAUUCGAUAACUCAUUUUCUAAGGAAGAACUUGAGGCAACAAUUGAAAAGUUGAGGACAAAAUAUCCAGACAAUAAAUCGCUCCAAUCGUUGGAGUGUUCUAUUUGUACAGCGGAGCCUAUUGAUUUGAACAAGGCUUUAUUCACAGAAUGUGGUCAUAGUUUUUGCGAAAAAUGUUUAUUUGAAUAUAUUGACUUUCAGAACGGCAAGAAACUUUGUUUGAAGUGUCCCAAUUGCCGUGACUCAAUAGAUGGAGGCCGAUUGCUGGCCUUGGGGCGGCAGAGGAGCGAUUCGGAGAGGUUGGAAUUUAAACCUUAUUCCUCCGCUUCCAAAUCAAGUAAAAUCACUGCCUUGUUAAAAGAGCUUCAGCUUCUUCAAGAUAGUUCAGCAGGCGAGCAAGUCGUUAUUUUUUCGCAAUUUUCUUCCUACCUGGACAUUCUGCAGAGGGAGCUUACUCAUGCUUUUCCCGAUGACGUUGCGAAGAUUUACAAAUUUGAUGGACGUCUUUCGUUAAAAGAAAGAACUAAUGUGCUGGCAGAUUUCGCUGUCAAAGACUAUAGCAGGCAGAAAAUCCUACUGCUUUCGCUGAAGGCCGGCGGAGUAGGGUUGAAUUUAACAUGUGCGUCCCACGCAUACAUGAUGGAUCCAUGGUGGUCACCCAGCAUGGAAGAUCAAGCCAUCGAUAGACUUCAUAGAAUUGGUCAGACGAGCAGCGUCAAGGUUAUAAGAUUCAUCGUGCAAAAUAGCAUAGAGGAGAAAAUGCUGCGCAUCCAAGAAAAGAAGAGAACCAUCGGCGAGGCCAUGGAUGCUGAUGAAGACGAAAGAAGAAAAAGGAGAAUCGAAGAAAUUCAGAUGCUUUUCGAAUAG